CCUCUCUCUCUCUCUCUCUCUCACUCUCUCUCUCUUCGCCGUCCCCCGCACCGUUUCUACACUUCAUGGGUUUCUGACAGCGGCACUUGCUCUCCACAUUCGCCCGUCUUUCCUUCCUGGUUGAUCAUAAUGGCAGUUAAGCUCAUCUACUUCACGGUCAACGGGAGGCCCGAGCAAGCCGAGUUUCGAGAGGACUGUCCCGCUCAGGAUGUCAAGGACUUGUUUCGUGCAGCGGCAGAAGCAGGACCUCACGACAUCCUCAAGUUGUACAACGCCCAAGGAAACAUCAUCAACAUUUCCCCGAAGCUGGAGUGCAACAAUCCACAGAACCUCUACAAGCUCGAAGUGGUUGCUGCGGACCACUGUGAGCCAUUAGGUGCAGAACUAGCAGCAGCCUUGGGAUUUGAUUUGUCUUCCAUGGAGAAAAGGCUUCAGAGUCUGGAAAAGAAGAUUUUGGUAGAAGCUGGAGAAACACCUUCCAUAGUGUAUGAAAUGAAAAGCAAAGUGGAAUUAUUUCGGGAAAAAUUGGAGAACGUUGAGCAUCUCAGCUGGUUAGGACUCUUCAAAGACCUCUCUGUGGGGACCCAAAAACCUUCACCGUUUUAUCACAAAAGGACACUGCGGAAGACAAAAGAAGAAUGUGAGCACGUGCAAGAGAAGUUCCUCCAGAUGAGUUCCCUUGAAGUGACAGAAGAAGUCAGACAGUAUCUGAAGACGCCCACCUUUGACAACUGGCAAUGGGAAGACGCCGAAAUCAUGGUCCUGCUACAGCUGAUGUUUACAGACUUGGAUUUUGUGACCAAGUUCAGCAUCGAGCGCGAGGUGCUGCAGCAGUUCCUCUACGAGGUCUACCGACACUACAACAACAUCCCCUUCCACAACUUCAAGCACUGCUUCUGCGUCACCCAGAUGAUGUAUGGUCUGAUUUGGCUAACAGAGCUUCAGAGCAAAAUCGAUGAUAUUGAUCUUCUGAUUAUGCUGACGUCAGCCAUCUGCCAUGACUUGGAUCACACAGGAUACAACAAUGCGUAUCAGAUCAACGCUCGGACUGAACUGGCCCUCAGAUACAAUGACAUCUCUCCGUUAGAAAACCAUCACUGCGCUGUGGCCUUCGAGAUUCUGGAAAAGCCAGAAAACAAUAUUUUCCGAAAUCUAACAAGCGAACAGUUCAAAAGGAUCAGAGAAGGAAUGAUCAAGUGCAUCCUCGCUACGGACAUGGCUCGACACAACGAAAUUCUAAACCAGUUUAAGAGUCUCCUGCCUGCAUUUGACUUCAGCAACAAGGACCACAAAGAUGUCCUGAUGAUGACAAUGAUAAAAGUGAGUGACAUCUCCAAUGAGGCCCGGCCCAUGGAUGUUGCUGAACCUUGGCUCGACUGUCUACUCCAGGAGUUUUUUAACCAGAGUGAUCUGGAGAAACUGGAAGGCCUUCCCGUGUCCCCCUUCAUGGACAGAGAUAAAGUGACUAAGCCAUCUUCUCAAACUGGAUUCAUCCGCUUUGUACUGCUGCCUCUGUUUAUUGAGCUUGCAAGCCUUUUUCCAGAUCUUGAGCAACAUAUCAUUGAUCCUGUUCGGAAAGCCUUGGAUUAUUACACGGCGAUGGAAAAAGCUUUGGAGAAGGAAAAGCAAAACAGAGUCCAGUGUGAUAAAGCAGCAAAAGCGAAGGAGAACGACUCACUGAAAUAUAAGAAUACGGCUGCACCUCAGCCAAUGAGGUCUACCGGUGGUCACCCUAUGAAGAUGGGAUCCUUGACCACUCCAAAGCUUUUGGGGCCUUCCUUGUGUGACCCGUUUAAGAAGUAAAAGGUGCCGUUUUGGGAAGCGGAUUCAGCUGACUGUUGCUACUGGAUAAUAAAUAUCUGUCCAUCUGUGUUCAGUGGGAAGGUCCAGGCUUGCAGAGAGGGAAUAAAAUCGACAAGAUAGCAGACAGACUGAAGAAAAGCAAUGCUGACGGCCCCGGCCCUCCUCUGUAGCUGAACAGUAACGACUCUGACCAUGU